CCCCCAACUGUCAUGACGACCCACGCUCUUCGUGAAGCUUUCAGGUCAAACAGAACGGCUUUUGGCACUUGGAUAUCCCUCCCUGGCUACUUUCAUGCCCGAACGGUAGCUCAAGCUAGCAUCCGACUUUCAUGGGUAAUGAUAGACUGCGAGCAUGGCCAAGUGCCACUUCAUCCUGGUGUCUCCGAGAGCGUUGCGGCCAUACAUUCUGCAGGAAAUGGACCUCCUAGUGCUUUGGUGCGAGUUCCUGCCACUGGGAUUAGUUCGAGUACCAGUUGGCAAAUCAAGUAUGCCCUCGACGCAGGAGCCCACGGAGUUUUGGUUCCCAUGGUGUCUUCAGCAGAGAAGGCCAAGGAAAUCGUGAUGGACAGCCGAUUUCCUCCCGCCGGAAGGCGUGGAUUUGGGAACCCCUUCACCCAUGGGACGUGGGGUGUAUCGGUCCCACAGUAUCUUGAGUUGGCGAAUAAAGAGGUUACUGUUAUGGUUCAAAUCGAAACCAAGGAAGGGGUGGAGAAUAUGAAAGACAUAGCCGCUGUCGACGGGAUUGAUGUGCUGUUUAUUGGUCCAUACGAUCUGUCUAUAUCUCUUGGCUAUCCGCCACCGUCGCCGGAUCCACAUCCAAGUGUUGAGAAUGUAAUUAAGGAAAUACUUCGUGUAGCUCAUUCGGAAGGAAAGAAGUGUGCUAUAUAUUGCACAUCAGGAGAGCAAGCUGCGAAACGGUCUCGGGAAGGCUUUGAUAUGAUCAACGUCGUUACUGACGUAGGGGUAAUUUCGGACGGUAUUUCUCACCACUUGCAAAUAGCUUCCGCUGAGCAGGACAGAGACAAUGAAGUGAAAGUUUGAGAUAUACAUGUAUCAUCGCCGUUGACUUUAUUACAUAGCAUGAUCUUACUAUGAGACUACGUCAAAACAGCUUUAAAAAACAAACUGGAGUUAACAG